AUCAGCACACACACACACACACACACACACACACACACACACACACACACACACACACACACACACACACACACACACACACACACACACACACACACACAUACACACACACACACACACACACACACACACACACACACACGGUGAGGCUCAGCUGAUAGCUCAGUCUCUCUGAUGAACUGAAGCAUGAUGGGAUCCAACGGCGACACAACGAACCCCAGGAACAGAACGGACCUCUGAGACACGGAGUGUGUGUAGGAGUGUGUAGAUGUCAUGGACGAUGUGGAUCCGUCUCCUUUACGGCGUUUCGUCAUCGCUAAGCGUUCGAUCACCUCCAUCUUUGAUCAGCUGCUGGACUUUGUGAAGGAUGGCUCCGCCUUCGUGGACGAGGCGUGGCGGAGCGAAGACCUCGCCCAGGUGGUGGUGGAGGAGCAGAGUCUGGAGCUGCAGAGCUGCUUCACCAAGCUGUCCACCAUCAGGGAGGUUCUGCUGCGGAGACACAUGAAGGUGGCCUUCUUCGGCAGGACCAGUAAUGGGAAGAGCACCGUGAUCAACGCCAUGCUCAGAGACCGGGUUCUGCCCAGCGGCAUCGGCCACACCACCAACUGUUUCCUGAGCGUGGAGGGAACCGAUGGAGAUGAGGCCUUCCUCACCACCGAGGCCUCAGCCGACAGGAGCAGCGUCUCCACGGUGAACCAGCUGGCUCACGCUCUCCACAUGGACCCCACCCUGGACUCUGGCAGUCUGGUCAAGGUGUUCUGGCCUAAAAGCCGCUGUGCCCUGCUGAGAGACGACCUGGUGCUCAUGGACAGCCCGGGGACCGAUGUCACUCUGGAGCUGGACACCUGGAUCGAUAAGUUCUGUCUGGACGCAGACGUCUUUGUUCUGGUGGGAAACGCCGAGUCGACGCUGAUGAACACGGAGAAGCUCUUCUUCCACAAAGUCAGCGAGAGAAUCUCCAAACCCAACAUCUUCAUCCUCCACAACCGCUGGGACGCCUCGGUGACGGAGCCGGAGUACAUCGAAGAGGUGAGGAAGCAGCACCUGGACCGCUGCAUCACGUUCCUGGCUGAGGAGCUGAAGGUGGUCGGGCUGGAUGAGGCUGAAGGGAGGAUCUUCUUCGUCUCUGCUAAAGAAGUCCUCAGCUCCAGGAUGCAGCAGGCACAGGGCAUGCCUGAGACAGGUGGCGCUCUGGCUGAAGGUUUCCACGAAAGGCUGAGAGAGUUCCAGAGGUUUGAGAGAACAUUCGAGGAGUUCAUCUCUCAGUCUGCGGUGAAGACCAAGUUUGAGCAGCACACGGUCAGAGCCUGGCAGAUCACCGAGGCCGUCAGAGCCGUGAUGGAUGCCAUCAACAUCGCCGCUGCCGACAGGAAGAUCUGCUGCCUGGAGGACCGGGAGGAGCAGAGGGAUCGGCUGGACUUUGUCCGAGGACAGAUUAACCGUCUGAGCGACAGCGUCAAGGAGAAGAUCAAGACUCUGACGGAUGAAGUCGCUGCCAAGGUUGCGAUGGCGCUCUCGGAUCAGAUCCGGUCUCUUCCGGUUCUGGUGGAGGAGUUCAGAGCCGACUUCAACCCAACGCAAGAUAAUCUGCAGCUCUACAAAACUAAGCUGCAGCAGCACGUGGAGGAUCGGCUGGUCGGCUGUUUGGCUCAUCGCUGUUCAGUCGGAGCCCUCGGAGACGUCAGAGACACCCAGAGACACAUGAUCGACAGCGUCCGUCCUCUGUUGUCCACCUCGGUCCAGGAGCAGCUGUCCUCUCCGUCCUCCUGCUUCCAGCUGACCUACGACCUCGGCCUGGCGUCACUCUGUGCCGACUUCAGGGAGAACAUUGACUUUCAGUUUUCUCUGGGCUGGACGGCGCUCGUCACACGCUUCAUCGGAGCCGCCAACGCCAGGCGGGCGCUGAGUGGCGCCGACGGCCGACUGCAGCAGGAAGGUUCCACCUUCAAGGAUGAGAUGGUGGUUUCCAUAGCAACCCGUCUGGUCUCCGUCACCUCCCGGGCGUCCAUGUCGGUGCUGGUGGUUGGUGGAGUGGUGUGGCGUUCGGUUGGCUGGCGUCUCAUCGCUCUCUCCCUCUCUCUGUACGGAGUCCUCUACCUGUAUGAGAGACUCACCUGGACCGACGCCAGCAGGGAGCGCGCUCUGAAGCGGCAGUUUGUGGAACACGCCGCCCACCGCCUCAGAACCGUCAUCCCCGUCACAAGCUCCGCCUGUGGCCAGCAGGUGCACAAGGAGCUAUCUGCGACUUUCAGCCGUCUGACCCAGAGAGUAGACCUGAGUGAAGCUGAGCUGGAGGGAACCAUCCGCCAGCUGUGCUUCAGGAUCCAGAGACUGGAGAACAUCCAGAGGAGGUCCAAGGCCUUCAGGAACCGAGCGACAGAGCUGGAGACUCAGCUGGAGGCCUUCUCUGUUCACUACCUGCAGGGAAACUGAAGGAGCAGAGCUGCUCUGGAUGAAGACCUCACGCUGCAGACGUCCAGCUGUUUCUCCUCCUGAUUCCCUCUGCAGACGUAGAAUUUUCUCUGAUCGCCAAAGUUCAGAAAGAAAACCGUUUUAAAUUCAUCACAGCUGCUUCUCCAGGAUUUAAAUAAACUGGUUCCUGUUUGAUGCCUAAAGUCGGAGCAGAACUUCAGGUUGGACAGUGUCGGUCCAGAUGACGACGUUUACAGAUCUGCUCCAUAACCAGUCUGCAACCAAGACAAUCCUAAACUAGUCUGAGCCCAGUUUAAACUGUUUUUAAACCAGUUUAAAACCGGUUUAAACCAGUCUGAUAUCUGACAUGUUGGAAUUUUACCAGAGGAAGUUUUAAGACGUAAGUUCCUGAUGUCAUCGCAGACAGAGAGUCUUCUUCCUGAAGGGGCGGAGCCAGCAGCAUUUAAAGCUACAGACUCUGGAGCAGGUUCUGUGGGCUGAUGAAGGUUCUGAAGAGCUUCUGGUUGUCUCUAUGUUUCGUCUUUAAAUCAGGAAGCUGCUGGUUUUCUUCAUGAACAUUUGAAGUGAAAUUGGAUUUUUGUGGAGCUGCUGAACUAAAACAUUCUGUGAAAAAGUCCAUUUUUCAUCCUUCAGCUUUGAAGAGACAUCUUUAGAGAACAUUUUAACUGUAGUUUACCGAACAAUUUGCUGUUAUGUUGCAUAUUUUCCAUUAAAUUUCAGAUAGUAUCUGAUAAAAUCACAGAAGAAAAUAUUAAUUUAUAUGCUGACUGUAAAUAAUGUCAUCAGAAAUCUGUAUUUUUACAAAUAGUAACUGAUACUUUCUGAUGUGUGACUGUAAAAUGUGUUUUACUGUUUACCUCAGCACAAACUUAAUUAUUGGUCAGAUAUUUGCAGCUGUUUACACCGUUUUUACAGUGUCUGAAUGCAGUAUUUCUCUGUUUUAACAUGUUUCAGGCACCUUGCUGCCAGAGAAUAGUUUAGUUCUGGUUUAAAACAGAAAAAGAUUCUUUAUCUGGUGCAGAAACAUCCUUUAGUUCAUCAAACACUCCAUCCUGGUCUCUGAUUGGACACUGGAGAGGUCAUGUGACCUAUGGCUUCACAGCUGUUGGUCAGUUUGAACAGGUGGAAAAUACACACGUGGACAAAAUUGUUGGUACCCCUCAGUUAAAGAAGGAAAAACCCACAAUUCUCACUGAA